AAACAUGUGUAAUUAAUAUAGAUUUAAUUACAUUUUAUUCAUUUGUUUCAAUCUGUGUGAAAUAUCAAAAUGACAUUUACUUAGAAACAAAAGAAGUAUAUGUCUAACUUUCAUCCAUUUCGUAAAUAGCAAAUACAUCAGAAUUCCAGUUUCACUCUCUCGCUUUUCCUUCAAUACACAUUUUUUUCGCGCACAGCCGUGGGCAUUUCUAACGGGAAGGACUUAAAUUAUACCUCUUCAUAUUAGUCAACUCUCCCAAUCCUAUAGCUGUCAUCCAUAUUUUGUAUAAUUCUCAAACAGCAUUAACGAUGGGACGAAGAUGAGUGUCUAACCACUAGUAUUAUAUUAUUAAAAAAAAAAGAGACGAAACAAAAGUAUCUUAAAACCGAUUUUCCUACGACCUGUUAGAAAUUCAAUUGUUUACAUGUAAUUUUUUUCAUUGUUUUUUUUGUUUUAAUUAAGCUAUAAUUAUCUAAUAAAGAUGAAAUUUUUUAGCUUAGAUAUCCAAGUUCUUUCUCUAUCCGUUAAUGGUGCUCUAAGAUACUAGAUCAUUUCUUUGUAGACUAGUAUAAUAAUGAUUAAGACAAAAACGACACACGGGAGAAAUGAUAUACUUGUAUUUGUGUAUGUGUGUACACUAUAUAGACUCUACAUUAAACAAUCUAUACAAUAUAGUAAUAAACAUAUAAUGUACACAGCACAAAUAAUUGAGAACUUAACGUUAAUUAUUUAGUUUUCUUUGUGUAUAUAAAUAAUAGUAAUAAUAAUUUGCUUCCUUGGAAACAUGAGCGAGUAAGCAUCUGCUUACCAUCUGCAACCUUUACGCGUUUAAUUAAAGCCACAGGUGCACUAUCCAACCAAUACAGGAUAAUUUAAGCCACAGAUGAACUGAAACCAUAACCAGCGAAUCUAUAAAAGAACACAACUAUAUAUGCGGGUAUUGCCGGCGUUCCUCAGCCGCACUCAGCUCACAGCUUUGAUUAAAUACAUGAUUUGAAAAUGUAAAUUUAGAAUUAUAGAGAUAUAUAUAAAGAAAACAAUAACAACAUUACUAGUAGAGAUUCUUUAAAACACAAACAAAAAAAAAGGUAAGAGGGAGCGUGUUUUCCGGUGGAAAAGACCGAAGAGUGGAAAAGACGUGGCAACAUAGGCACCGCUGGAUCGUGAACACUUGAUGAUCAACGGUAUAGAUAUAUUUUGGGCGAUGAGCGUUUGUGGAAAACAAACAAAAAAAGAAGAGAGAGAGAGAAUAAGAAGAGGGGAAAGAGUCAGAGAGGAGCAUUAAGGACAUGGCGGCGUUGCAGAGCGCGAGACAGAAGAGAAACAAAACUCUCUGAUCGCUCGAAUCUCUCUUAAAUACUCUCUAUACCGACAAUCCAACUUUCACAGUUCCAAAAGCUUUAUUCGAUUUCUAAAACAAACCAGAUAACAUAAUAUCAUCUUCCUCACCAAUUGAUCGUUUCUUCUUGUGGAAAGAUUAGAAGACAUGUGGGAGUGUUGAUUAAGUGGAAAAAGAAAAGCCCUUGAAAUUUGGUAAUAUAUGGCUGGUUGUGUCCGACUAUGGCAGGCUUUUUCUCGCUAGGCAACGGCACAGGAGUAGAUGGAGGAGGAAGCCGCCAAGACGCCACUACUACUAAUACAAAUAAUAAUUCUUCUCCAUCCGGAAACGAAUCUUGGCUCUGGUGCAGAAACCCUAACUCAAACGCAAACGCUGGGUGUGGUGAUAUCGCUCCUUCUUACAAAGGAACACUUGAGUUAUGGCAACACUCAAACAAUCAACAAAUCAUUUUCCAGCAGCAGCAGCAACAAAGGCUGAAUCUCUACACUUCCGCUGCUGGUUUAGGCGUUGGUCCAAGCAACCGGAGCUUAAUUGAAGCUUCCGGCGGUGAAGCCUCCGGUUUAACGAUGAUGAGAAGUGGUGGCGGCGGCGGCGGACCCAGCUGCCAGGACUGUGGGAACCAAGCUAAGAAAGAUUGCGCUCACAUGAGGUGCAGGACUUGCUGCAAGAGCCGAGGCCUUGAGUGUCCCACUCACGUGAAAAGCACGUGGGUUCCUGCCGCCAAACGCCGGGAACGCCAACAGCAGCUUGCCUCCUCUCAGCAUCCGCAAGGUGAGAACGUUCCUAAACGGCCGAGAGAGCAUUUCCCAGUCCCAGCAAAAUCUACUUCCCUUGUGUGCACUCAUAACACCUUAGGGCUACAGGUUGGAAAUUUUCCACCGGAAAUUAGCUCAUCUGCAACUUUCCAGUGUGUGCGUGUGAGUUCGGUUGAUGAGGGAGAAGAUGAAUAUGCAUACAAAACAGCUGUGAGUAUAGGCGGUCACGUAUUCAAAGGUAUUCUCUACGACCAAGGUCCGGCCGAGAGAAGCUCCUCGGACGGUGGAUCUCAGCCGUUGAAUCUCAUAACCGCAGGGCCAUCGGCCUCCUCGUCAAGCGCAAAGGUGAGCUGCAACAAUGGAGUCGUUGGCUCCACUUCAGAUCAUUACAUUGAUCCUGCCUCACUUAAUUAUCCUACCUCCAACAACAGUUUCAUCACUGGUACACACUUCUUCUCCAACCCUAGAUCUUGACAGAUCAUAGCCAUUUAAUUCUUACAGUACAACUAGGGUUUGUAGAACGGAGGAAGAGGAGUUUAUAACGUUAAUCAGUGUUUUAAAGAUUAAUCUCCAAAUCCUGAGAAUGUUUAUAUUCUAUAUUUAAAUCGUUACCUGUCUUUUAAUAUUAUGUACAAUUUCUGUUAAAAAAAGUUAAGUUCUCUAUUACCUGCCUACAAAAUUUAAUUAUAAGUUCAUAGUGUUUUUAUCUGGAAGUACCUUGUAUUAUUGUAUUAUUGGAGUAUAUAAUCCAGUCCAGUUUUCAAAUAUCAAAAAAGUCAACGAGUCUGUAUCUGUGGAAGCUCACAUCAACAGCUUUCCAGCUGGCUGUUUUCAACUCUGAUCGCUAAUCUCAGGCUUGUUCUUUUCAAUUUUCAACUCAAGACUUUUUUGGACGUCGAAUUUAAAAUUUUAAGAAGUUUGUCAGUUAAUUACAGAUGUGAUUUGCUCUGUAAAAUCAAUUAAUGUUGAAAUAUACUUGUAUAUUGGAA